CAUCGGGGACUUGCCUGUCAUCCAUGGGUCAGCGUGAAGGUGCUGAGUGCCGCAGUGACUCAGAGUGCGCUGCCGGCCUCCUCUGCGACAUGGGAUCCUGCGUGCAGUUCCAGGGCAAGAAGCGCUACAACGAGCCUUGCAGCGUGAGCACAGAGUGCGAAAUCGGCCGCGGUUUGUGCUGCCAGGUGGUCCGCCGUCAUCGCCAGGCGCCCAAGACGCUCUGUGGAUAUUUCAAGGACCCCAUGAUCUGUAUCGGUCACGUGGCUACAGACCAGGUCCAGCAUAUCGUGGAACACACCGAUGGGGAGAAGAGACUGACGGGGAAGACCCAUGAUUACGUCAGCAUUUAAGCGUCCGAGGGGGCAGAGAGACUGGCCUGAGGAGGAGCUCUGAACAACACUUGAUUGAGUGAGAGGGACGAGGAGAAGAGAAGAUGGAAGAGAGAAGAUGGAAGAGAGAAGAGAGAAGACUGGAGAGAGAGAAAA